AUGACGAGCUUUGCGGACGUGAUUAUCUUGUCCUCGUCUCCGAGUACUUCGCCGUGUAUUCCGACAAGACUCGCCAGCAACACCGUGAGAGAGUCUAGGAUACUACCAGAAGCCACGAAGACACCUUCUACCCCAUCUCCAUCGGAGCCGUUCCUACCCCCAUCGCGCUCUCGGUUCUUCGACGUACCCACAAGGAAGGACGACGCGUCCAAGAAGAAACGCCCCGCAACGAAAACGACCGCUCCUUCGGAGUCCAAAGAGAAGGAUAUUCCGAAAAAAACGCGACAGAAGGCGAGGAAGGUUACCAAUGAGCCGACGCACGACGUUGUGGAAGACUUAGAGCCCCAAUCCCUUGAUUCCGACAAAACCGUUGCGAAGAAGACCGCGGUGUCUCAGAAAGGUCGCGCAAAGCCGAGAGCCAAGAAAGAGACGGGAAAUUUGAAACUGGCUGGCAAGGUUACCAAGGCGAGCAAGAGUAACGAUCCUCAAACGAAGACUGGUCAGAAGACGGCGACGGUGCAAAAUACUCCUGUCGAUCUAACAGACACAUCUGAACCAAAGAAACCGUCUAAUUCGCUGGGCAAAGAUGAGGUUUUGCAUCUGGACGAAGCUAUGACAAGACGUCGGGACUGGACACCACCCAGAGAGACGUCUCCGCAGCCAGUCGACACGAUGGAUAACGGGACGAGUCCUAAGGAGAGCCGCGAAUUCAGCGCGAAAGGUGGAUUUGGGAGUAUCCUCACAGAUUACAACUACUCCACAUCCGGCUCGGAUGCCCGAGAAGUCAGUGCAAAUGAAGGAGGUCCAACAAAACGAAGGAGAAUCGAGCUCGUGGACCCUCAAUGUCAACCCCUGCACAACCGCAAUUCAAAAGAGGACACCCUUGACCAAGGAGAUACGUCAUCAUCAUCUGGACGACAGCCAAAACGGAAACCAAAAACCCAGAAGCGGUUCACGACCCUGACAGCUCGGAUGACUGCUCAGUAUACAUCGAACGAUGUAGAGGAAGAUCUUUCGGCAGACGACAUCACGCAAUACAUCACUAAAUCAAAGCCCCGAGUGAGCAAAACCAAAACAACCGGCAAUGACCCGGAAUUGAUUGUGCUUUCUCCAGAUGCAGCUUUUAAGGCUUUGGACCAGCAGGAUGUUGUCUUCGGUACUUGUAGCCAGCUUGAAAGAGACGAUUCACCGGAGACGUUACGAGAAAUACAGCGGGCUAUCCGGGCAUCGGAAAACUUGGCCUUUGGGGAACGAGGUCUCAGCUCUUCGUCAGUCCUUGAGCAAACUGCAAGAAGCCAAUCCACAUCAAGUUCCAUGUCUCGAUUUACUGGCGACAGAAACUUAUGGAGCGUUGCUGGCCGAGACGCAGCAGGGUCCUUGGUUCAGGCCGAAACUGUGGACAACAUUGAUCUGACAGAGCCAUCCCAUGUCUACAAGAAGAAGGAUGCGCCUAAAACAACCUCAAGACUAGACCUCUCCGAUGAUGAGUGGUUGGAACUUGACAAUGAGAAGGCUGAUACUUCACGAGGCAAACUUUCGUCAUCAACGAAACCCUUGGAGCCACCAGCCGACUCCAAUUCUCCAACCACUGCCGUGCUUGCAUCACCUGUGCAAGAUGUCCAGCUGACAGCAGCUAAAAGUCAGCAAGCGACGGAUGCUUCGCAACCGGCCUCUAUGCCACAGUAUAGUGGAUUCACAGAUGCCGAGCUUUCAAGGCAGGUUGCUGCAUACGGUUUCAAGUCUGUAAAAGGACGGAAGAAGAUGAUCGACCUGCUUCAGAAGUGCUGGGAGUCCAAGCAUGGCAAGGCUAGCCAAACUGUGGAUGUCUCUUCUCAACCCCAAUUAGUAUCACAUGCUGAGAUUGCAACCGUUGCGCCUUCUAAAACCACAACGAAUCCCAAGGCCAAGUCCAAGGGAAAGACGAAACCUAAAAAGGCUGCGUCCAUGUCCACAUCCACCUCAACGGAUGCUGUCACACGAAGGGAGACUAUCAUGAUAACCAGCCCAAAAAGGAACCAGCAAUCCUCGCCAAAAGUUGGACGCCCCCCACCCUCUUCAUACAUAGAUAUUGAAGAAAUACAAGACUCGGAGGAUGAGGUUUUUCUAUCCCCGAGCCAGGUACAAAAUCACUAUACCGAAAUCUUCUCCAACGCCACUACUUCAGGUCAAGUCCCCUCGUUGGAAAUCAUGACCAAAGACCGGCCGCAAACCCCCACCAAACGCAAAGCAACUGCCUCGAAGACUUCACGCAGUAAAAAACCAUCGUCAUCUGGCGCAGCCUCCAAGAAAGAUGAAUUGUCAACCCCCGAGUGCACUAGCUUGCUGGACAUAUCCAUCCAGAUCACCAAGGCGGUUCGCGCUCAGCCCCAGCUCUUGGCCCCCAGCAGCCGAAGUCGGCCAACCUGGCAUGAGAAGAUUCUCAUGUACGACCCCAUCGUCCUUGAAGACUUCACGUCUUGGUUGAAUGUCGAAGGGCUCGGUCUCAUUGGUGAGGAUCGUGAGGUUGGCACUGCGGUUGUGAGAGACUGGUGCGAGGGCAAGGGGAUCUGUUGCUGCUGGAAGAAGAAUGCAAGCUGGUAA